AUGUUUCUUGGCAUCUUCGAGACUCUCGGCUUUCCUGGCGAUAUCGUGAAGAUGUUCGACGAGAUGGACGUAUUCUUCAUCGAUGUGAUCUCUAAGGGAAUCUUCACCCAAACUCGCCAGUGGCGAGCAAUCAGCGCGGAGGAGGCGAUGAACCGAAUCCGUGUAGAACUUCGGAACAAUACGACGUCAGUCAGGCAAAACUAUUGA